GUUUAGUCGAAGUGAUUCAAUGACGUCAGGACCAAGCAGAAGAGAUAAAACAGCUAAAAAACUGAAACUGUGGUUUCUCGCGUGUUAAAAAGUUCUUGAUUCUAACGAGUUCAACGAUUUCGAAAAUGUCUUACGCAUACCUUUUCAAGUACAUCAUCAUUGGAGAUACGGGAGUUGGAAAGUCCUGUCUUCUUCUGCAAUUCACGGACAAGCGAUUUCAACCAGUUCAUGAUUUGACCAUUGGUGUUGAAUUCGGUGCACGUAUGAUCACCAUCGAUGGCAAGCAGAUCAAACUGCAAAUCUGGGAUACUGCAGGACAAGAGGCAUUCCGUUCAAUCACUCGAUCAUAUUAUCGUGGCGCAGCAGGAGCUCUUCUGGUAUACGACAUUACUCGUAGAGAGACAUUCAAUCACCUGACGACAUGGCUGGAAGAUGCGAGGCAACACUCGAAUUCGAAUAUGGUGAUCAUGUUAAUCGGAAACAAGAGCGAUUUGGAUUCGCGGCGGGAGGUGAGAAGAGAGGAAGGUGAAGCAUUCGCACGUGAACACGGUCUGGUCUUCAUGGAGACAAGCGCUAAGACGGCUGCUAACGUGGAAGAAGCUUUCAUCAACACAGCCAAAGAAAUUUACGAAAAGAUCCAAGAAGGCGUGUUCGAUAUAAACAACGAGGCAAACGGAAUCAAGAUUGGACCUCAGCACUCGCCCACGAGCCCCGGCGGACUUGCCGGAAAUGGUGGCCAGGGCGGUGCGCAAGGCGGUGGGUGCUGCUAGGGCCUGGGGCUCUACUGCCCUCCGCUCCAUUCUUCUCCAAUCUGAACCGAUCAUACCCGAUCCCGAUUCUAAUUACUCAUUUUAUCCUAUUCCCUAUUCCCUAUUCCCUAUUCCCUUGGUCCCCGCGUAUCCUCUCCCCCACACUAUCUUCCACAUCUACUUCUACUUUGUACAUUUAAUUUUGUGUGUGUCGCGGUUCGGGGUAACGAGUGAUAAUUGGUGUAUUUAUUAUUUAAUUUAACUUAACACGUAACGGUAGAAAUAUCCUAAGUCAAACGUGUUGUGUAUCGCUCACAGAAAAUGAAAAGACAAGGAUAAAAUACAAUAAAGGCUAAUGAUUCACAGUUUUUUCAGAUAACAAAACCUGUCGCCAGGAACUCUGCAGUUCUUCGCUCGAUUCUCUCGUUGCGUCGACUGCGUUAUUUUAUUAUAUUAGGUUCGUAUAUAGAUCCUCUUGUCAAUGCGGUGAACAAUGUAUCAAAUAAUUAUCAUUAGUUACUGUAUAUUUGUAACGGAUACUUUUCAACGACAUUUAUUGAAUCAUUUGGAACUAUUGGCAUCCUAUGGAGGCAAAGUGAAUUUCUAUUAUUCUGAUCCGAAGUCCUCGCGCUUCGAUUUACACUCGUUUAACUAGCGCGACAAUAUGUAUAUGUAUGUACUAUUGAUGUAUCUAAAUGACGAAUAUAUGAAAAAGAUAAAAAAUUCAA